AUGACCACGACCUCAUCGACACUUACCUGUGCACCUUCAUCGGCUCUGGAGUCCAACGUCACUUACCUGUCCUUCCCCUACUCUCCUUCUUCUUGUUCUCCUCCUCCGUUCUCUUCAUUGUCGUCCCCCUCUUCCGCCCAAUCCCCCUCCCCUUCGACCUCGUCUCCCCCAAGUUCCAGCAACUUGCCGAAGCCGUCGCAAACCCUUCCGAUCCCUUCGACGUCACCAGAGAACAUCAACUCUAAGAAGCGAUCAGCUGCGUCAGCCUUCGGCCUCGACAGUUUCGACGUGGGACUGGACGGUAGCUUCGACACCCUCGAGUGGGAAGACAACGACUAUGACCAGCCGCCCUUCCAACAGCGCCUGAGCCCAUUCUCUCCAUUCCGUCCAUUCGCAGCUUCGAGGAUCCCUAGGCACGUCUCCAUCAUGCGAAGGGGUGGUGUUUACGAUUGCGACGAUGACGAUCAGAGCGCGCUUGGACUGUACGCGCCCUACGACGGCACGUCAUACGCGCACCUCGGACAAGCGCAGCAGCCACAGCCACCAGUGGCCUCCCAACCGUACCAGCUUAGUCAACCGGGCAUGCCGGUCCAGACUGGCCACGCCGGGCAACAGCCGCCAACGCCCCAGUUGUCUCGAUCGCACGAGGGUUUCGUACCGGGCCAGUCGCUGGAGCACAUGGAGACGAUGCAACAGUCUCUACUUCCAGAUGUGUCCUCGAUGUCCGCGGGUACCGGUGAUGAGGAAGGCGUCGCUUUGCUGAGUGCUGCUGCCGCUGGUCUCGUGCCGUUGCCGACGACGCCGUUCCGGCAAUCGACGCUGUCCCCGCAGAGCCCCAGUCUGCACACGCCGUCGAUGGUCAACUUCGACAUGCAGUUGGCGCCUCUUGUGCCCAGCCCGAUCCAGACUCCCCCACUGACGCCCUUCAUGGCUCCGUACAUGUCGGCGCCGAGUGGAGCAAUGAUGAUGCCGCCUCCGCCAGCAGUUGAGGAGUCGCGCGAUCUGCUGGCACUGAUCCGGCCCGCGCCUAUGCCGCACCUCCCGAUGCCUCGCGGCUUCUGCGUAUCGUCGAUCCAGGAGGGCGACGUGUCAAGGCUGGUGCAGCUUGUGAGCUCCAUUCCGCGGCCAGCGGGACGCAAACUCAUUGCGAAGCUGCUCGCCAACAACGCGCCUUCCUUCCCCUCCUCGGCGCACAGCAGCUAUCCCUCUAGCGCGGCUUCCCUCGCCUCUCUCCCCUCCAGCAGCAGCUCCUAUUCCCCUUCUCCCUUCCCCGAAACCGACGAGCAAACGCUUCGCGCAAGCAUUCAAGCUCGCGUCGGCCAGCAGACCUCCCUCCCUGGUCACGGCCAACCCGGCUGGCGAUACAACGUGAUUCGCCGCAGCAGCAACUUCAACGAUAUCGUCGGUCUGAUCAUCCUCGAACCCGUAGAGCGCGAGACACUCCGCACGUGGAUCCCCGGUGCAGAAGCCGAGGAGAACACGUGGAUGUUCGGCGCCGUCGUCGACCCGACCUACAUGGGUAUGGGCGUAGCUACUUCGACGCUGCGCACCCUGCUCCAGCUCUGGUUCCUCAACCAGCCUUCCGGUGGCCUCGUGUCCAUCUACCCCCGCUUCUCCAACGUCGUCACCAAGCUCCACUCCAAGCUUGGCUUCCUCACGCUUGCCGAGACGCUCGCAUGGAAAGGCGACGAGUACCAGUGCGCCGUCUGGCAGGGCUUCGGCCCCGUGACGAAGGACCAAAGUGUGUUCCGGUUCCUCUGA